AUGUCCGAGUCAAAGAUUGACCCCUCGCCAGGCACUCAUAUUGAGAAGUGGGGAUACUCCUUCACAUGGACAGAGCAGCACUUGACACACAUUCAAACGGACCCGCUACAACAAGAGUUCGACGUAUUGGCGGAUCAGGCUUUGGAAAAGUUACAGGCUCUGAAGGCGCUAACUGCUAGUCAAAGCGAGACAGGGCGGCCACCUGAGAGUGAUCUCUACGAGAUUCUCAAGGCAAAUCAUCAGCAAGAUGACGUUCUUCACAGGUUCUGGGAUCAAGUGCAUGUUGUUCCAGAUUGGGUUGACUGGCAACAACUGGAGAGAGCGCAGGCUCACUUCCCCCGCUAUGCUCUUCCUCAUAUGAUUGGGUUUGCUCUCCAAGCCUUCCUGGCAGAAGCUUCCGCAUCAUCACGCGUGGUAGAAGUGCUUGUUCGCACCGGGGGCUUUUCUACAUCACAGCUCCUGAGGCGACUUCUGAAUACGUUCCAGUGGCUGGCCCAAAUCACAUCAGAUCUUCCUUCCAUCCAGCCAGGGGGCGAUGCUCACGUCGCGACUGUCCGUGUACGGCUUCUCCAUGCGUCUGUCAGAGCGCGGAUUCGAAUCCUCGCAGCAAAAGACCCUCAAUACUUCGAUCUCCAGAACUGGGGUCUGCCAUGCAAUGAUCUUGAUCAAAUCCAUACGAUCAGCACCUUUUCGUCGAAUCAGCUGUGGCUGCACCUACCACGCCUUGGAAUCACCCCGACCGACCAAGAGAUUGUGGAUUACGUUGCCUUGUUCAGAUAUAUCGGGUACAUCCUCGGAGUCCCGCCCUCAUAUUUUGAAAGGCCCAAAGAUGCCAAAUUGUUAAUGGAAAGUCUCUGUGUCACAGAUCUGCAGGUGACAGAAACUUCCCGCACGGUGGCAUAUAACUUCAUCCAAUGCGUUGCGAACCUGCCCUGGCCUUUCCACAUCUCGGGCGGCUUUCUCGAAGCAGGCAGCCGGUGGAUAAACGGCGAUGAUCUCAGCGACCAGCUGAACCUUGGACAUCCCAGCUAUCUACAGUAUAUGGCAUUUGUUGGGCAGUAUAUCUUGUCCGUUGAGCUAGCUUGGGCACAGCGCCUGGUCCCCGCUUUUGAUGAGUUCAUGGUAUCGGUAAGUCUCUUCCGAUCUGCAAGAGAGAGGGAGAAAGUUACUCAUUUAGCACAGUUUAUCCGGAAGCUUCUUCGCGAGGGCUUGAUAGAACGCAAGCAGAAAACUCGCUUUGGGUUCAAAUGGAUACCCCAGAUUGGCAAGAUGACUGUGAAAGAGGCCAGUAAAGGCAACCCAAAAUCUACGAUUGCAAAGUACUGGGCGACGGUCACUGAAAUGGGACCUAUCGAAGUAUUCUUCCUCUCUGUGGUCUUUACGCAUGCGGUAUCGCUGUUAUUAUUCUCCUGGCUUGCCGUUGGCCUUUUUGCAAAGCUAUGUGAUGGGCAGAAUUGCCAUAAUGUGACCGCACUAAUCGUCGACUUGUAUUUUCGUGUACGCAUGAAAGUAGGGAAAACAAUUACUGAACCUCAUGAAUUCAAAUGA